UCCCGCUUGCCCUACCAGGGGGCGCUGCCCCUGCCCCUCUUCGUGCCGGCUGACCUGAGCGCCAAGGCCGAGCGGGGCGCCACCCCGCCCCAGCUGCGCCAGCUGAUGGACUUGGAGCGGGCGCUGGCCGGGGGCGCCCUGCCCACCGGGCUGUGCCCGGACAAGAGGGGCCUGUCGGAGAUCACCAAGGAGCUGCCGCCCGUCGUCCCGCCCAGCCGGCCCGACUUCGGCAAGGGCGGCUUCUCCCGCUCCCUGUCCCAGGAGGCGCAGAGGGGCUGAGGGGCCAGGCCCGCCCAGCCCAGAGGACUCUGUGUUCCUUGCUCGCGGCUCCCCCUGCAUGAGAAUGACCCACGCUGAGCCAGGCAACGCAGGGUUGCUCCAGAGGCCCAUGCCAGUGUCGAGUUAGACUGUGAGGGACCACGGAUUCGUACAGCGCCGUGCAUGCUGGCGGUGCCGCAGCCAGGACACUGUCCAUUUCAGACCGGUCUUCCCGGCCGAGCUGCCCCUCUGAUAAAAUGGUGCAGUGUGUGAGGGGAGUGUGGGAUAGUGGUUAGAGCAGUUGGGCGCAGUGAGACAGGACACCUGGCUCUAGUCCCAGCUGUGGGAGAGGAGUGUGGGCUAGUGGUUAGAGCAUUGGGGAGCCAGGACGCUGGGGGUUCUAGUCCCAUUUGUGAGAGAGGAGUGUGGGCUAGUGGUUAGAGCAUUGGGGAGCCAGGACGCUGGGGGUUCUAGUCCCAUUUGUGAGAGAGGAGUGUGGGCUAGUGGUUAGAGCAUUGGGGAGCCAGGACGCUGGGGGUUCUAGUCCCAUUUGUGAGAGAGGAGUGUGGGCUAGUGGUUAGAGCAUUGGGGAGCCAGGACGCUGGGGGUUCUAGUCCCAUUUGUGAGAGAGGAGUGUGGGCUAGUGGUUAGAGCAUUGGGGAGCCAGGACGCUGGGGGUUCUAGUCCCAUCUGUGAGAGAGGAGUGUGGGCUAGUGGUUAGAGCAUUUGGGAGCUGGGAACCAGGACUGUGGAGUUCUAGUCCCAGCUCUGGCAGGGGAGUGUGGACUAGUGGUUAAUGAACGUGGCUGCAAGCCAAGAGAGCUAGGUGACAUCCCUAGAUCAGGGAGGCUAAGUGCAGGUGGGAGGGGAGUGCAGUCUAACAGUUAGAGCACAGAAGGGCUGGCUAGGUACCUCCCAGGCCUGCUCCCAACCUUCCACCAUUUCCCUUCUGUAAAAUCGGGGCCUCAAUCCGGCCAGGGAGGCUGCACUUGCUGGCUUGUGGGGAGCACAAAGUGAUGCUGGCUGGUGCUGCAAGACAGGAGUGGGGGAAAGGGGGCGAAAGGUUCCCUGCCGUUGUCAGGCCAGGGGUGACCCCAGGUGCUCAGGUGCCCCCUGAAUUCUCUGGGCUGAUGUUCUGAGGCAAGGAAUUCCCUGUCAGCGUCCCCACAUUUCUCGGCCUGGUCUGGGCAGUCAAAGGAGCUGUGACGGUCCCCCCCACCCAUGCUUUAUGAAAUUGGCUUUUGAAUAUAAACAUGCAUCACUUAAAGACGCUUUGGGCAAAAUGCCGCCUGUAACCCAUCAAUCGUAACGUUACAAUCUGCUGGAUCUACAGAGCCUCUUCUGGUGCACGGAGGGUUCUUGUAUGUAACAUUAGACUGUUUCUAGUUUUCAGUGUGGUAACGACAGCCGUCAGUGGUGCUCCGGAAGCCUUAACGAGGAGGUGAUCAAUGUAACGACUUGUAAACAGCCUGGUUUGUCCCUUCAGGCUAAACAGCAGGAAGACAUAUGACCAUACCACCGUGUACUGGAAUACCAGUUUGACCAGAUAAUUUUCCACAGCUGGGGGAGGGAGGAGAAGGGGGCGGCUGUAGCACAAAAGAUUCCUCGGCCAAGAAACAGUCUGUUUAAGCAAUGGGAAGUGAGCAGUUCCUUGGUUUUUGGCUGGCGUGGCAAACCCGGAAGGAGGGGUGGGGUCCUGGUUCAGGGAAAAAGAGUCGCUGACCUGAAGCUUGUGGCUAGGACAAGAACAGCUCUUUAGGUAGGAAAUGGUUUGCACUAAAUGUUAGGGUCUUAGAACUAGCUCUGCAUUUUCUUUUCAUUUAAAUUUAGCAGCUUCCUUUGCUCUGUCUGUUUUCACUUGCAGUCACUUAACUCCUACUGUUUGUACUUAAUAAAAACACUUUUGUUUACCAGCAA